AUGGUUUGGUGGGCAGAUCGUGGUCAUGACAUGAUCAAACAGCUGCCGCCUCCGCAAAGUAACAAAUCUCGAGCCUUGGGCGCUUUGCUGGGCAUGGUGGUGGGCGAUGCGCUUGGAGCACCGUUGGGCGGUCAGGACCCAAUGGCUGUCACAGUUCAAGAGGUGGACAAGGCCAUGGAGAUGUGCGGUGGCGGCUUGUGGGGAGUGGCACCUGGACAGGUCACUGGUCACUCUGAACUGUUGCUCUGCACACUGUCCGCCCUGGUGGAGGGAGGCCAGGGAGCCUUCCCCAUGGAGGACAUGGCGUUGAGGUACGGCAAGUGGGGAAAGUCUUUGCCCUUCCGUGGUGAUCGCGCCUGCCUUCAGGUCUUCGCGAGACCCAUGCCGGCUGAGAGUAUGGCAGAACGAGCUCGGGAGGUGAAUCAGAAGUCGAUGAGCUGUGGUGCGAUUGUGAGGUGUCCGGCCUUGGCAGUAGCUGCUGGCUCACCCGAGAAGGCAGCGCAAUUGGCCAACGAGGAUGUUCGGCUCUCGCAUGCGAACCGCACCAUGGCUUUUGCUUGCGCCGCGUAUUCCGUCGCUUUGUCACAACUCAUCAAUGGCCAAGAAGAUGUGGAGUCCUGGCUCAAGAGGAGCUUGGACCGCAUCAAGUCAGGUGUGAAGAGCGGACAUGGAGGUGCCAUCCAAGCCAAAGGAGCCAAGGAUCCUACGAAAGAAGAGUGUUGGGCCCCACCAGGUGAAGAGUUGGUGGCCUGCGAACAGGUCCUGCAGUGGUUGCGCCGGGCCAAGAGCAACGAAUUUCUGGAAGUCUCCGACAUGGCAGCACAAUCGCUGCUGAGCCACGAAGUUGGCACUGUUGAAAUCCCGUUUUGCCAUGCAUUCAGACAUUUGAACAGCAAGAGCUCUUUUGAGGACGCCAUGAGAAGCAUAUUGGCGGGUGGAGGUGACUCCAGUAGCACGGCCUGUGUCGUUGGAGGCCUCCUGGGUGCUGCAUAUGGUGUCGAAGGAAUUCCUGAGCGCUGGCUCCGUGCAGUACUGUCUUGCGAUCAGAGUCAUGGGCAUCAGCGCCCUUUG